UUUCAGAGCUGAAGAAAUUGGUGAUAACCAAAAUUCAGACGACGUACACAUGACCAUGACCCUCAGUGACCUCUGGUAAUCAGCUGAUGGUGUUGCUCCAGGGGUGACUUAGUCCCUCACUGUUUUGCUGUAGCAAAGAUAACGCUGUUCACAGUGCCCCUCUUUCAUUUACGAAACAGAUCAGGUUUGGUUGAUAUUUUGAUUCGUUUUAGUUUCAUUAUUGAAUAUGUUCUCUUACCGAUCUAUAGCUAUUUUUUUAUUAUUAUUAAAUAAAGAAACAGGUGGUCAAAUAGAACAGUGACCCCAAUUUAAGCUUUAUCUUAAGACGUUUAUUACAAUCUUUAAAGUAUUUACAUUCACCAGAGCCGUCAUGUCACAUUUUGAGUGCCCCCCUCCCCCUUUUUCAACACGCACACACACACACUUUUCUCACUUUUCGGUUUUGUGCCAUCUGCAAAGUUGAGAGUUAAAAUUUCCCAAAAGUCUAUCCCUGAACUUCAUGACCACUGAGAUCUCUGCAACUAACGAGAAUAUCUUUAGCUGAGACUUGUAAACGCUGAUAGAAAAACCACAUCUUUUUUUUCUGGAGCUCUGUCCUGGAUCCGAAUCUUGAAUUGCAGAAGAGGGUCAUUUUCGGUUAGGAGAUAAGGUAGAGAUGGUAGGAGAGAGAGAUGGUUGGAAAGAGAUUGUAGAAAAAAGAUGGUAAGGGAAAGAUGGUAGCAGAGAGAUGGUAGGAGAGAUUAAAGACCACGAUUACAGUAAAGAAAUUAACAGUAAUUAUUACUAAAAUAUUUUAAAUGAUUGCCCAUUUACCUAAGACUCAUGGAGCUCCCGCAAUUCUAUCCACAACAACAAGCGGAUUUCCGCUCCAGAGGAAAUAAGGCCCUGGCUAAAGCUCCGUUCCAAAGCCCCUAAAACGGUGGUUCUCAACCUUCCUAAUGCCGCAACCCUUUAAUACAGUUCCUCAUGUCGUGGCGACCUCCAACCACAAAACUAUUUUUGUAGCUACCGGUACUUCAUAACUGUAGUGAGUAUGUGUUUUCCGAUGGUCUUAGGCGACCUCUGUAAAAGGGUAUUUGACCCCUAAAAGGGUCGCGACCCACAUGGUUGAGAACCGCUGCCCUAUAAGAAACUUUUUUUUUUUUUUUAAAAGCCCAAUUUAAGGUCUAAGAUUGUUGAUCUUCAAGUAUAAUGUUUAUGUUAAUGUCUCAAAAGAACGCGUUUUGACAUUUCUGAGUAAGUUGAAAGUUGAACCUUUGAGCAGAAACUGUGGCGAGCCCAGGUUAAGUGUCACCUGGACCGAACCAAGAUUUGUAACGCCCACAAAACUUCGACCAGUUUGCCGAAAAUGUCGCCUCUCCAUGUAAAGAAAAAAGUGCUGCGAGGGGGGGGGGGUUCUCCCUACGCCCUCUCCCUAUAAUGCCACUGUCAGCUGAAUUCUACUUAUUUAUCAUGCCUUGUCAUAUAGUUAAGGGGGGAAAGGAAAGGACUGGAUGACGUAAUAUCUGUAUUCAUUCGUAAACGAUCACUAGCAUCUGUCUGACGUGUAGCAGUAGACAGAGGCGUAGCGAGGGUGUUUGGCGCCCGGGGACAAGUUUCGCGCCCGGGGAACAAGAUCUAUUUUAUAGCGCCCCUUUUUCUUUUUUUCAACUCUCAAACCCCAUUAUUUUCAUCAAUAAAGUAAUAUCAAAGCACAUUUUGGCGCCCCUAACUACCUAGCGCCCGGGGACAUCUGUCCCCCCUGCCCUCCCCUCGCUACGCGUCUGGCAGUAGAAGGAAGCAUACGUUUUUUAGACAGCUUUUAUCUUUUGUAUUCACGUUGAUCCACAUCGUGCAUCCUAAUAGACAUUGACGUGCGUGUGUGUGUGUAAUCUUGUUGUUGUUUUUUUUUUUGUUUUUUUCUAGUUCAAAACACACUACACAAAAGGGAUGUCAAGACUAAAAGAACUCUGUGCUGGACUACCCUUGGACCCUCUACCUGAGCUCCAUCCACGAGAUCCCAAAGUACCCCAUGCCCCAACCAGGCUGCAAGACCUGACACGUGAGGAAGAAAAGGUUGGAGUAUAACAGUGCUGGCACAAAUUUCCGACCACUAAUCAUGAAUUUUGAUCGGUCAUAUAGUUUGAAUAGAUUAGUUCAUAAAUUUCUAAGAAACUUAGCGAUCUAUUAAUGUUGAAGUAGUUGAAUGUUGAUUUUGUUAAAUCAAAAUAAUGAAAAUAUGUCAUUAUUUUUUUUAUUUUUAUUUUAGAUUACCUAAUUUAGAUUGAACUUUGUUCUUAAAAUAAAUUUAAAAUGGCAUUAUCAUAGUUUAUAUUUAAUUGUUCAUUUAAAUAUAAACAUGGUUUUCUUGAUUCUACAGACUACUUUAAAAUAAGUAGGUUACCAACACAUAACAUAUAUAAAAAAAAAAAAAAUGUUUUUUUGUUUUUUCACAAGCCUAAUUCUAAAUUAUUUCGGUCAUAUCAAACGUUAAUGCAAUCUGCCUUUCAUUGUACAACGUCUCUAAACCUAAGAAACGAUGUAAAACAUAGUGAAACAUACAUAUGUUUUCAGUGGCGGAGCUAAGGUAAGUGCCGCCUGGGACGGGCCAAGAUAUUUGUCGUCCCCUUCCAGGAUAAAAAAGCCACCCUUUUAUAUGAAGAGAAAAAGUUCAGCCCGUGUGGACGGCCCCACUCUUCCUAUGUCACUUUGUGUUUUGUAUUAGUGUGUGCCUCAAACGGCUUCUCUCAGCGCUUGCAACAUUGCCACAUACACAUUUGGAAAAAGAGAAACAAAGCUCAUUCAACAUAAAUAGUCUAAUAGAUCUCUUCUAGGCCUUAGAUAUAGAACCUUAAAAUUUGUCUUUAUUCUUUUUGAUAAACGUAAUAGCUGGCCAUAAAGUUCUGUAGCAGUAAUGUCUACUGCACAGUUGAGUAGCUGGGGCAAGUGCAAACCGGGGUUGGCCUAAACGUAUAGGGUGAGCCAAAAAAUUUGCCGCAUAUAUAUGUACUUCGACCAUUGGCGUAUCAUAGGGGUUAAUUGGGAUGAUGGGACAUAACGGGGGUCAUGUUUACGGCCGUGAAAAAUAUUUAAUCCGUAUUUUCCACAUCACCGGUUAUCGAAUUUCCAAGACUUGGGCAAAAAAGGGGAAUGACGUAUUUGGCAAGUGCUGUCCAGGUACGUCCUGUGAGUUGUGGCGCUAAAUGCACCCAAGACCGAAUGGUCUAAGAACUUAUGAUCAGAUUAUUCAAAAAAAAAAACUAAACAUAAGCCAUUAUAUUCAUUUCUGAGGAGAAAAGCUUAUUUUCAUCUAUCUGCAAUUUUACUAAAAUUGUUUUCCAAUAAAAAGAAAAUCCUGGCAAACAUUGUUAUUUCUUCUGUUAAUUCUGGCUUGCCUGUUAAACAAUUAAAUGAAAACUUUAAAGGUGCCGUCUGUUCCACGUUUUAUUUUUUCUUGUUUAUUAUUCCACGAAAGUCUUGCUACAGACUAAUUUUAAGGAACAACGAAAAACUCGAACAAGGAUUUUCAAGAUUUAAGAAAAAUUGACUAUGUAUAAAAAAAAAUCCAUUUAUUUAGAUAAUAAACUUAUAUUAUCUUAUUAUUGUCAUAUUACAACUUGGUCAAUUAUUUAGCAUACGAGGCAUAAUCGGUCCCAGCCCAGACCUACUAAUAAAGAUCAAUACUCGGAGGUCGAGAUUCUAUCUCUUAGGACCUUGGCCGUGAAACAUAGCCUAGUAGUCCCUGGGGACUCCGGCCAUGCAACUCGGCCUUGAGUAACGGGGUUUAGGGUAGGUUUCUUCCACUCAUGAGGGGACAGUUUUGCGUCACAGCCCCCCUUGCCCAUUGAGUCUUACGGUCGAGACGUAGGGUUGGAACAGCUUUGCUUCCUCUCCGGAGAUGACGUUGCUUUGCCACCCCCACUGCCCAGGGAGCCGUACGUUCCUUGGUGUGGCACGGCUUUGCUUCCCCUCCGGGAGAUGUCACAAGCUUAACUUUCUCCCACCGUUCCUAGGAGUUGUGUGGACAUGGGUCAAAACGGCUUUACCUCCUCUCCGGGGGAGGCGUUGCGUUACCUCACCCCACCGUUCAGGGAGUUGUUCGGACGGGACUGUGUCGGGACGAAACGGUCGCCUAGGAGCGGCUUUCUCAAGGCCGCAUGUUUUUAAUCCUCGGCAAGGGUUUUAAAAGAAAACUCAUGCCUCAUAUCCAUUAUCGCCCAGACCUACUGCAAUGAACUAUUAUUAUUUAUCCUACAAUGCAUAGAUAGCUAUAAUGAUUGAAAUUAUCGUUUUAAUAUUAAAGAGAUUGAUUUAACUUAGACAAUUAAUGUUCAUACAUAGUAUGCUUAAAAUGGCUGCAUUUAAACUUAAUCAUUUGAAUAUAGUUAAUCUUUAUGAAAAGUCUGCCUUUCCUGGGUCCUAACUUCUAAAAGUUAAGUUUCAAAAAUUAUUUUAAACUCUUGAUUUGAAUGAAUUUUUUUGCGCUGAAGCAAGAUUUAGUCAAUAAUUUAAGAAUCCCAAAGUCUGCUAAUAGAAAGUAAAAAUUCACGGUAAAAUAAAAUUAUGCGUUUCGUCUUUUAAUCCCUAAUAUUCCUCUCUUUUGGUUGCAGUUGGUUGACUUAUGCCGCCACUCGAUUAAUAGAAUAAAAGUACCGCCCUUGGGGCGGACCGUACCCCGUCCCGUUCCUUCUUCAGUGCAGCUGAAUCGUCAUUUUCAAAUGCUCAAGCUAAUCAAAGGCCCGUAUCGUUUAAAAUAAAAAAAAUCCAAAUAAAUCACAGUGGGGCUGUUUCUAUUAAAACAUGUAACUGUAAAAAAAAGUUUUAAAAUAAACUCCAAAUUUUUUUCUGGGUCAAGAAUUGGAUAAUCUGGAACCUUUUAGUUAAAGGAUAAUAAGGGGAGAGACGGCCAUAUCUACAUGUAGGCGUAGGCCUACAGGUUCAGGCCAACUAUAGAGAUGAGGUAUCCAACACCUUAGCCUUAGGAAGUACGAUAAUAUACAACCUUUUAGUAACAUUGAAUGUUUUUGUUUUUAGUUGUGUUUUUUUUCGAGAUCUUAACCUUAAUGGAUUUUUUUUUUUUUUUGAUGGUCUCUUUUCUUUUGUUGGAAUUUUCCGCCCCUUGAAUAUGUUUUUGUUUUUAGUUGUGUUUUUUUUCGAGAUCUUAACCUUAAUGGAUUUUUUUUUUUUUUUUGAUGGUCUCUUUUCUUUUGUUGGAAUUUUCCGCCCCUUGAAAUGUCGCUCUAGGCAACCACCUAUAUCGCCUGUACGGUACCUAAAUUUUAAAGUGGUCACUUAACAUAAAUUUUAAUUUUUAAGGUCGUGAAUGGGUGAAUUGGAAACGGGAGAUAAUAAUAAUGUGCAAAAUUUGUUAAAAUAAACAUGUAGUAAUUAUUUCCCUUACUAUAAAUGUGUACGGUAAUACUUUUACAACCAAAUGGAAAAGCUACUAAUCAUUACUUUAAAAAUUGUUGUUGUUUUGUUGUUGUUUUUUUUUUUUUUUGGGGGGGGGGGGGGGUUACCGUUUACGUCAUAAAGCUAUACAUAGUAAGAGAGACCCCAUUCCAAUUAUUUUCUAAGGGAAUCGUUUAAAUAAGUAUUUUAUUUAAAUGAAAGUUGGACCUUAGGAUUAUUUUUACAUAUAAACAUCAAAAACAUGUUGUUCGUCUGUCGGGAGUCGACCAUGACCACUUUAUUGAAGUAUCCCAUGUCUAUAUUAUUAAAGGUAACUCUUAUCUGAAAUAAACUAUAUUUCACCCCCUUGUGUAGUUGGCCGUCCAAAAUGCACUGAGAUAUUUCCCAUCAAAGCAUCAUGAGCUGUUGGCCACAGAGUUUGCCAUAGAGCUAAGAACCUAUGGCCACAUCUACAUGUACAGAUUUAGGCCAACUAUAGAGAUGAGGUAUCUAGCACCUUAGUUAAGAAGUACGAUAAUGUCACAAACUGUUCACUUAUCAUAGCACACAAAAUGUUCACUUAUCAUAGCACACAAACUGUUCACUUAUCAUAGCACACAAACUGUCCACUUAUCAUAGCUCACAAACUGUUCACUUAUCAUAGCUCACAAACUGUUCACUUAUCAUAGCACACAAACUGUCCACUUAUCAUAGCUCACAAACUGUUCACUUAUCAUAGCUCACAAACUGUUCACUUAUCAUAGCACACAAACUGUUCACUUAUCAUAGCACACAAACUGUUAAUUUAUCAUAGCACACCAACUGUCCACUUAUCAUAGUACACAACAGGUCACCUAUCAUAACUCACAAGCUGUAUACUUAUCAUACUCAGAUGUUUUUUAAAGUAAAUUGAUUAGGCAUAUGAACACUGCCUUUUUUUAACAUUACAAAAUGUAUCAUUUGUACAUACACCAUUGGAAAUAGUCAUUACUAGUUAGGAAAAACUCAUGAAAAUCUCAAGUGUUGUUACAAUAAAUGGUCUUCCAUUCUUUAUUGAAAAGAGGUAUCUAUUUUAAAACAAAAUUAACACAGAUUAGUCACAUUGUAGGACUGACCCUUAUUUCAUUGAACCUAAUUAAGGUCUGGCCUUUCCGUAUUCAGUACAGUAAAAUUAAAUUUGAACAUUUCUUCUCCAGAGCCUACCCUAUUUCUGAGUAUCCAGCAAAAUGCCAAGCUGCCGCUGCUAUAAUGCAUAUGAUAAUGAACAACCUUGACCCCAGAGUAGCCCAAUUUCCACAUGAACUGGUAACCUAUGGUGGCAAUGGUCAAGUAUUCUCAAGUUGGGCUCAGGUAAACUGUAAAUUGCUGUGUUAUUUUAUUAGUUUUUGCCCACACAAAAUUCAGCAAGAAAUCAUAAUUGGACCUAAUUGGCAUUGGUAAAUCUUUUUUUUUAAACUUUCAAAUUUUACCUAGUUCACAAAGAUUUACAAAUAAAUGCCAUGAAAAUUGUAAAAAUAUUUAAAUUACCAUAUUUAAACUCUUUUAGGAUUUUCUUUUGACAUGCAUUCACAUAUUAUUUUGAUAGUUUUGGCUGACAAUGAAGUACCUGUCAGAGUUAACAGACACUCAAACAUUAGUAAUGUAUUCAGGUCAUCCAAUGGGCAUAUUCCCCAGUUUGACAUCAUCACCCAGGCUGGUCAUCACUAAUGGCAUGGUGAGUUAAUUAGUAAAUUCACUAUUUUGGUAACGGUUAUCACUGAGUAUUCUUUCUCAAUCUUUAUUUAUCACGAUAGAGAGCAUUUUCUAGAUGUUCAUACCAUUUUCAGAUGGUUCCCAACUAUUCCAGUCGAGAAAUGUAUGACAAGUUAUUUUCUCUGGGCGUGACCAUGUAUGGUCAGAUGACUGCAGGCAGUUACUGUUACAUUGGCCCGCAGGGCAUCGUCCAUGGCACCACAGUAGGUUUAUUAUGUGAUAAAACUAAAGUUGUUCAUAGCCCAACUGAAUAUUUAACAUUUAAACAUGGUAAAUGCUGAUACAAAAUUUAUUAAAAUUCCAUUUGCUUAAACCCUUUAUUAUGAAGUAUUAAGAUAGCUAAGCAUUGUUUUGGUGUAAAAUAUCAAAAGAAAUCCUUCUGCAUUCUGGAGAUUAAAGAAAGGCACACAUAUUUCUUAAUUCUAUUAGCUGACGAUUCUCAAUGCUGCACGGAAACACCUGAACACAAAUGAUUUGGCUGGAAAGGUUACUUUGUUUUAAAAUUUUUAAAAACUAAAAUUGUGAUAACACACAUUAACAAGCUUGUAUUCCUCCUUUUUUUUUACAUUUUAUCUUAAAACUCUAGACUCUAUUCUAUUCAAGAAGCAUAGCUAUAAAGUAUAAAGUAUUUAUGUAGAAAAUAUUAAAUAUAAUUUGUAUUCUAUGUAUUUAAGAAGCAGAUUAUUUCAAUAGCGAUUUUUAAAACAAACACUCAUCAAUUUAAAAACAUGUUAAAAUAGUUGUAAUGCUUCAUUUGAAAGCUAUUUUUCAAAAAUAAUAGUAGCAUUACACAUGCAUAGACUAACUUCCAUUAGUACGUUGCCUAUUGUGAUUUACUUAUUAUUUAUCAAUAAUACUAAAACACAUUUAAAUAAGGAUUUGCACAAUUUCUAGGUGUUUGUUAGUUCUGGCCUGGGUGGAAUGAGUGGUGCCCAAGCUAAAGCUGCAGUCAUUUGUGGAUGUGUUGGUGUUAUCGCUGAGGUAAGUUCUGAAAGCUGUUAGCCUGACCAAAGUGAUAUGUUUUAUGACCUCUUUGCAUGUUUAUAUCUUUUCUAAUAUUUAGUACCCUAUUAUAUUUAAACUGCAGAAAAUAAUUUUUGAAAUAAUUUUUUAAAAGGUAAAACAUUUUCUUUGGAUUAUUUUUUUUUAAAAUUUCUGCCUAAAAUAUAAGUUAUGGCUAAGCCAUUAGUGCACAAAACUCUGCCUGAAUUGGUCCAGAAUUUUUUUAAUUUUGUGACCAUGAAGUUAUUGUAGUUUUACUACAAAAUGCAUGACACGCCAUGAUGAUAGAGAAAACCAUUGUACCAAGGCCCUUAAUUAAGUUCAAGCAAAAAAAUCUGUACUGUGUUACAUAAAAAUCACAGUGUGUUUUCUGACAGAUUCAAUUCAAAUUUGCUCAGAAUUUUGACAUAAAAAAUGUAUUCUUCAUAACUGUUAGGUAAGUGAAGAGGCAUUACUUAAGCGCUACCAGCAAGGCUGGGUUAUGGAACUUGUUGAUAACCUGGACAAUCUAAUAGCACUGUUGAGGAAUGCCCGUCGCCGAAAGAAACCUCUCAGUAUUGGCUACCAUGGAAACAUUGUGGAUGUUUGGUAAUUAUUUUCAGUUAAUUGAGACACAUCUUUUUAGAAGUUAUUUUUAUUAUCAGAAACCUGCAGCGACUAUACUGAUGAUGCCUUAGACUUCUCUUUUGUGAUGGCAAUUAUUAAACUACAAAAAUGCCAAAAGAUAACAAGAAAUUAUUAGGUUAAUACAGAUUCAAUACCACUAAUAUGCACAUUCUUUGAUCUUGCUACCAUUUUUUUUAAAAUAACAAUUAAAUUAUGUUAAUUUGUGUUACCUAAAAAAUGAAUUUUAUAUGUGUCACAAAGAAGAAAUAGAAACUAACUUUAUAGUUGAAGAGAUAUGUCCUUAAAAAAAUAAAUAAUUGAUCAGUAAAUUAUUUAUGUAAUAAUUAUACAUCAUAUUAACUAACUCCAGGAUUUAGAUUAGAUUUCAUUUCUUAAAAAUCAGGGAACGUCUAGUGAUUGAGUAUGAAGCUGCAGGAGAAGUUCUGGCUGAUUUGGGAUCUGACCAGACCUCUUGUCAUAAUCCAUUCCAGGGUGGCUACUACCCAGUACAGAUCAACUAUCAGGAGGCUAGAGAUCUGAUGCACCAGGAUCCUCUGAAAUUCAAAAUUUUGGUACAAGAAAGGUGAAGAAUAAAAUAUUCAUAUAAUGUAUUUACUGUGAGAAUUAACUUGGGCUUGUACCAUAAAAAUAUAAAUUUUUCGUACCGGGUACUAAAUAUGGAGAUUUAAAAAUCGGGAAAUUUAAAAAAAAAUGAUUUAAGGUUGAAAUGGUUUGGAAAUGUAAAAUACUUUUAGUCUGAAGUAGAGGUUUGAACUGUUAAAACUGAUAUUUUUUAAAAAUUUAAGUUUGGGUUUAAAAAAGUAAAGAUAUGUAACGUAUGGUAUAUCCUUUGCAAGUUAUUUAUAACAUAUGCAUGUGUAUUUAAAAGAUAAUUCUAUUUAAGUGUGAUUUGCAUUAUACAAUAAUAUUAGAAUGAACUUAAAGUCUUUGAAGAUGAAAAUAUGAAAUACUAUGGGACAUUAAUAAUAUUAUAUGUAUAUAGCCUUUGUCGUCAUGUGAAAGCCAUCAACAGACUAGCAUCUCAUGGCUUGUUCUUCUUUGACUAUGGAAAUGCUUUCCUUCUCGAGGCCAGUAGAGCAGGUGAUCUUUUAAUUUACUUAAUUUUUAUAUUGAUGCAUUAACUUAAAACCUCUGAAUGAUGCAAAUUAUACAAUGACAUUUUUUUUUUUUGCCCUCAAACAUGUUACCUUGGUGGAAACCUCAAGGUCUCUUUAAAUUGCUUCCAGAAAACAUGUGUACAAAACUAAAAAUAUUUCUAUCACAUGAAUACCUCCCUAAACCCCUUGCUAAAUAACAUAAAACUGUUGACUUCUUCAGUAUUCUUCUAGUUGAGGAAAAAAACUAUUAAAACGGAACCUGUCUGACUUACAGAAAUCCUUUACAUAAAACCAUUUUUUAAUUUGAUCAAUUAAAAAUUUAAUUUUUUAGCCUUACAAGAUAAACGUUCUAAAAGAAAAUUAAUAUGGCAACAUAUUUUACAUUUAGGGGCUGACGUUGGGAGGACAGCUGGACUACAUGGCACAAAAUUCAAAUAUCCUUCAUAUGUACAAGACAUAAUGGGGGAUAUUUUUUCCUUAGGCUUUGGUCCUUUCAGGUGAGAAGAUUUCAUGAUUUGAUACAUGUAGCUGCAUUUUUAUUUUAUGACUAAAAAGUUUCAGGUGUAAAGGGUGCAUCCCUUUAACAGAUGAUAAGUUACAAAUUGCUUCUUUCUUAAAGUGCAAUCCAGUUUGUGAUUCUUUGAUUGAACUCAUAACUCACAGUUGGAAGACAGUGAAAUUAAGAAGCUACACCAUCAUCUCACAUAGAGAGUCAGAUGCUGAAUUGUGUGUUGCUUUUUUUUUUUUUUUUAAACAAUGACGUAAAACCAGAUGGAUCUCUUUGUUCAAGAAAAUGUUUAAAGCAAAGAACAAACAAUUUUAAAACGUUUUGUACAUUUUUUUGUUGAUUGAAUUGUGUUUUUCAAAGUUUAAAUGUAUUGAUAGUUGAACACAAGCAUUUAUAAUUUAAAUUUUCACCCCCAUUUACAGGUGGGUUUGUACAUCAGCUGAGCCAAGUGAUCUUGAGAAAACUGAUGCUAUAGCUACAUCCAUCAUUGAAGAUCUAACAGCACAAAAUGGUAUUAAAAAUUCAUUGCAAUAUUUUGUUUAUGGUUUAGAAUAUAUUCUUUUGUUGAAAAAUAAUAAAAAAAUGUUCUGUCAAUACAUUUAAUGUUUUUUUACAUACCGGUACCGUAUAAGAAAAUGUUUAGACCAUUCAUAGUAGUUGAGGGAAGCUAAUUUUAAACCACAUUUAAUAAAAAAUACUGACAUCAACUUUAUGACUGGUGACUUUGUUUUCUUAUCUCUUUUCUAUCUCAGUUUAGGGUAUUCAAGCAGUUACACGGUUGCAGUGCAGUUAUUGUUUUGUAAAUGUUAAAGAAGUACAGACAUGUUUUAGUUAUAUUAACUUAAUUUAACAUUAUAAUUAUAGUUCCCAAGCCUAUCAGACAACAAUAUGAAGAUAAUGGAAAGUGGAUCAGAGAAGCAGGGGAACAUAAGCUGGUAAUUUUACAUUCGAUAGUGAUGUCACUAAAGAGUUGUGAGGGUUGUUGAAUGCAUUUUAAUUUUAAGACACCAUCAUUCAGUAAAAAUGGGUGCUGAGUGGUCUAAACUGAGCAAAACUGAGCAAAUUUCAAGUUGAUGGUUUGAUGCUCAGUCAAUCAAAAACACCACCAGCACUCCGGGUGGAUGGGACUCGUUAACCUUGGAUGGCAAGUCAUCAAAGAGAAGGAAACUCUGAAUUCAAAAAUGGAGGUGGAGUCCCGUAGUUGGGUAACAUUGGUACAAUUGAAUAAAACAUUCCGACAACUCCUGCUAGGCCACUGGUGCCAAGCUGUAUCAUCCAAAUGAUGUUCCCUUGGGUUAUCCAGCGGCGAAUUCCACACCAUCGUCACAGUGUGACGGACAGAUGCCAGAAAAAAAAAUUGUGUUUAGUUAAAAUUCAGUAAGAGUUUUAUUCAUUUAUAUGGAUUCCAUUUUUAAUGGAAUGAUGUUUAUGAGGAGAACACUAACCUAACUCAUUACACUUAAUUUAAGAUUUCUACUGUAGAGGUGGAUGGGAUGUAUUUUUUUAUAUUUAUACCUUUGAUGUGAUGAGCCAAUGGUGCAAUUUCAUAAAAUUAUACACAUUGUUUAAUCACUAGAGAUUCUGUUGUUAAUUUAAUUUUUCCAUAGUUAUAAAUCCUAGUUGCCUUAUAUUUUUACAUGAAAACAAAUUAAUUCUGGUGCUCAAAUUGUAUGCAACCUAAUUUGGUUAUUUACUAUUAUGCUCAAGGUGGUGGGCUCCCAAGCUAGAAUCCUCUAUUCUGAUCAAGAAGGUCGCACUGCCAUUGCCUUAGCUUUUAACAAAGCUGUUUCAGAUGGGCUACUCAAGGUAAAAUAUUUUAGGCCUGCGUGUCAAAAUAUUGGAUUUUUAAUAUAUUAUAAGAUGAACAAUGAUAUUAUUGGGCCAAUAUAAAUAUUACCAGUUCAGUAGGCCUAACUAAUGGUACUUCAGGUGGAGGGUGGAAAGAACCUUAUCUCUCUUAGCCCCAACUUUCUAUACAAAAAUCUAAAGAUAAAUUAUAAAGAUGCAUAAAAAUUAUUCAUACCUAUUCAUAUCAUCGUUUUGUUUACCUGUUUACUUUUCAUCUCAGAAUCCAUAAUUAUAUAUUUCUAUAUUGGGGUGCUUUCUUCCCCACUGAUCAAACCAACCAAUGUUGAACCAAUCAAAGACUAAUCGGCUACAGACAUUAGGAUUAUCCACAAACGUGAAAAAAAAAACAGAACUCUGUUCAAACAAAAACCAAGACUGUUCACAAUGCAAAUGUGCACUAAAGAACUCAACAGUUAUUCUGACCACACAAUUUUACAGCGAAUGUCUUGCUAUAGAUUGAUAUUAAGGAACACUCCAGUGGAGUCAGGAUGAUGAAAUUGAAUCCCUAAAUUGAGAUAGAAAUCUACCUCAGGAGUUUCAAGCCUUAAUUACAUAUAAAAAUUAUUGUUUCCCCAGGGCCCUGUGGUUAUUAGUAGGGACCAUCAUGAUGUCAGUGGCACUGACAGUCCUUACAGGGAAACAUCAAAUAUUUAUGAUGGUUCUGCCCUGUGUGCAGGUCAGUGGCAUUCAAAAAAAUAUUAGCUGCUUGUGUUCUUUUAUCAAAAUCAAUUCACUCCUGGUAGACCAAGGACCUUGAAGGCUAGGGCUUAAUAUUUUUUUUUUCCACUUGUCCUCAUCAUUUGGACCCAGCCUUUUGACAUCAAGUAAAGAUGACUUUCCAGAUCUCUCCCCCCCCCCCAACCUUGAAUACCGGUACAAGGAGCUAUUUAUUAUAUAACGAUAUAUUGUAAAUAUUAAAUUUUAAAGCAAUUCCUUUUUAUAACUAAUUUUUGCUUAAUAUUUUUUUUUUCCACUUUUCCUCAUCAUUUGGACCCAACCUUUUGAAAUCAAGUAAAAAUGACUUUCCAGAUCUCUCCCCCCCCCCCCAACCUUGAAUACCGGUACAAGGAGCUAUUUAUUAUAUAACGAUAUAUUGUAAAUAUUAAAUUUUAAAGCAAUUCCUUUUUAUAACUAAUUUUUUCCAUAACGGCACUUGUGCACAUUUUUAUAAUUGUGAGGCGCACUGAAGAAAUAUAAAGAUAGUGACUUGCAUUAUCAGCCCCAUCUUAUAGCUUUUGUAACACUUCUCUUACGAGGGUUUAUCAGCUCCAUCUUAUAGCUUUUGUCAUACUUCUCUUAUAAGGGAUUAUCAGCUCCAUCUUAUAGCUUUUGUCACACUUCUUUUAUGAGGGAUUAUCAGCUUCAUCUUAUAGCUUUUGUCACACUUCUCUUAUAAGGGAUUAUCAUCCCCAUCUUAUAGCUUUUGUCACACUUCUUUUAUGAGGGAUUAUCAGCUCCAUCUUAUAGCUUUUGUCACACUUCUUUUAUGAGGGAUUAUCAGCUCCAUCUUAUAGCUUUUGUCACACUUCUCUUAUAAGGGAUUAUCAGCCCCAUCUUAUAGCUUUUGUCACACUUCUUUUAUGAGGGAUUAUCAGCUCCAUCUUAUAGCUUUUGUCACACUUCUCUUAUAAGGGAUUAUCAGCCCCAUCUUAUAGCUUUUGUCACACUUCUUUUAUGAGGGAUUAUCAGCUCCAUCUUAUAGCUUUUGUCACACUUCUCUUAUAAGGGAUUAUCAGCCCCAUCUUAUAGCUUUUGUCACACUUCUUUUAUGAGGGAUUAUCAGCUCCAUCUUAUAGCUUUUGUCACACUUCUCUUAUAAGGGAUUAUCAGCCCCAUCUUAUAGCUUUUGUCACACUUCUCUUAUAAGGGAUUAUCAGCUCCAUCUUAUAGCUUUUGUCACACUUCUCUUAUAAGGGAUUAUCAGCCCCAUCUUAUAGCUUUUGUCACACUUCUCUUACGAGGGAUUAUCAGCCCCAUCUUAUAGCUUUUGUCACACUUCUCUUACCAUGGAUUAUCAGCCCCAUCUGAUAGCUUUUGUCACACUUCUCUUAUGAGGGAAGGACUCCAAUGAGAAAUCAUUUGUAUUCAACAGGGUGGCUAUAAAAGUGUAAAAAAUUAAUUCAUGAACAUCUAUUUUGAAAUGAUGAAGGUUGGAGUGGAAACAUUGUAUGUUAUAGCUUGACAAUACUUGUUACAUACACAAACAUUUUGUGUUCUCUGCAUGGCUUUAACACAAUCCAAACCUCUUAUAAUUACCAGUACUUCAAUUGUAUUCUGCAAAACUCUAACCUCAUUAAGGUGUUCAUAAACAUUAUUGCUGAGAAACAAACUUAUAUUAAUCCUUUUGAGUAAAAGCAAAUGCAAAACAAAAUUAUUAAGCUACUUUUUGGCAUUACUUUUUAAAAUAACAAAUUUUUUUUUUUCAGAUAUGGCAAUACAGAAUGUAAUAGGCGACAGUUUCAGAGGGGCAACAUGGGUGGCUAUACACAAUGGGGGAGGUGUGGGUUGGUGAGUUGUGUUGUUAGAGAUGGUCGGUUUAAUGUGAUUCAUUUCCUCAGAUAAUUUGAAAUUUCAAAAAGAGAAAAUUGAAGUUUGCUAACUAAAUUUGAUUUAAAUAUCUAAAUCUGUGGUCUUGAACAAAGUGAAAAUUCAUGCUGAUAGAAAUUUUUAUCGAUACCGGUAACUAACAAUAUUUACCAUUUAAUUUUAUCACUUCAAAGUUUAAUUGGAAGCAUUUGAGACAACAAUUGAUAUUAAAUUAAGGAAAAUAAUAACAGAUUUUAUUUUAUUGAUUUAGGGGUGAAGUAAUCAAUGGUGGCUUUGGUCUUAUACUUGAUGGCUCAGAGGUGAGUCUUGCUAUAGAGAGAGGAAUGUAUAGAUUUUCUUUUCAAGAUUUUUUAAUAACUUCAUAUUUCUUGUGUGGCAGUGUGCCACUUAGGGGUAAGGAGCACACUCCUGUGUUACUGUUGUUUACCCCAGGCAUGUUCACACCCACUGAACUGGACCGAUGAACAACUUAUGACGAUGACGUGUGUGAUAUAUAAGGCGGGUGAUUAAACCUGUGAUAGGGUCUGAACUGAUAUUUGGAGUCAGCUGCAUGCGUUUUAUAUUUGCCUGUUCUAAAUGAUUGUAACCCACGUUUAUUAAAUAAAGCUUUAAGUCUCAAGACCUGCAUUUUCUUGUUUAUAAAUUUAACUGUCAGCAGCCACACCACCACUUGGCUGCACAUGACAAAAUUGUUUCUGUCAAUUGGUUUUUCAUUCAACUUUUCAUUCCACAGGAUGCUGCACGUCGGGCCAAGAGCAUGUUAGCUUGGGAUGUAAGCAAUGGAGUAAGUUAUAUCUUGUUGACUUCUUGGAUAUUUUAAUUUCAUAUAUUAUUGAUGUGCACAUACAGAUCUGAUCCUAAUGGGCUCAAAAUCUAAAAAAAAAAUUAUUAGAAAUAUUAGAACCUGCCAUGCCGCUGAUGCCAUGCUGUCUACAUAAGACCUUUGUUGUUUUAAAUAUAAAUCUAGAUUUAGUUUUAAUUUUUUUGUGAGAUUAAUGUCCCUUAAGAUGCUGUUGAAAUGUUUAAUAUCAUAUUUUAAAUGUUAUUUAAAUAGGGAAAAGGUCUUCCUCCUUAUUUAUUAACAUUGCUCAACUUUUAAAAUAAGAUAAGAUUAAUUUAUUGACCCAAAGAAUGGAAAUGUUUUAAAUACUUUGUAUAUAUUCAUUGUCAGCACAUCAAUAAAUACAUAUUUUAACCUAGACCACAUUUUACCAUUAUAACUAUUUAAACACAAGACAUCUAAAGUAUUUCUCUAGCAUAGAGAACAGCCUUCAAUUAAUUUCUUUAGUGACAAUAAAGAGUUAAUUAGUGUUCUUUUAGAGUUUGUAACUGCUGGGGGAGCAUGCAGGUAAAUUCUUACAGACAGGGGAACAAAAGAAUUUUUAUAUCUUUCAGUCCUAACUUUAAGAGAGAUAAAUUCACCCUGAUUAGACUGAUUUUAGGUACCGGUAGCUGUUAAAAACUUGUUUGUUUAUCCUGAAAUUGUAUUAUAUAUUUAAGAUAGAAAAGUCUUUGGUUGACUUUUCAUACCUAAUUUGGCCGUGUUCAUGCAGUGUAAGCUUAUGGUGAAUAUUAUCAACAUGUGUACGUUGAUCAACAUUUUAAAUGUAGUCAACUGAUGAUUUUUACAAGCAUUACAUCUUAAAAUAUAACAAAAAUUAAAAAAGAGUCAAUUAAAGAGAAUUGUGGUUUGCUAUCUUAUUAAACUGAAUUUUGUAUUGUGUCCAUUGAAAUUUUAUUGAACUUAACAUUUCUUAAUCCCAAAAAUUAAAAAAAACAAAUAUUUAAAAAAAACAACUUUUAAACAACUCAACAUGUCAUAAGACACUAUGAUGAGCAAGAUCUGUCACAUAACACUAUGAGCAAGAUCUGUCACAUAACACUAUGUGCAAGAUCUGUCACAUAACACUGAGCAAGAUCUGUCACAUAACACUAUGUGCUAGAUCUGUCACAUAACACUAUGAGCAAGAUCUGUCACAUAACACUAUGAGCAAGAUUCAGCUGACAAGCAGACACAGUACAAGUACCGGUACAAUAAAAAAAAAAAAAAGAAGAAAAAUUGCUCUCAAACAGCAUUGUAAACAUGAAUAUUAUACGUAACUGCAUUUGAUAUAGAGCAUCUGAGCAUUGCACUCCCUACUUUCAAAACGCUAUUUAAUCAAGUUUUGCAUGGCUUCCUUUUUUUUUCUUUUUUUUUUUUAAUAGAAAUAUUUACAAGAAUAAAGUAAACAAUUAUUUUUUUUUAAGUAUUGCAUUUAAUAAAAAAAAUCUUUGUGUGUCUAAAGGUUUCUCGACGAUGCUGGGCUGGAAAUGAAAAUGCUAAGCUGGCAAUACAACGUACAAUGGAUACUGAGCCACAGCUGAAGGUUACCAUGCCCUAUGAAAUAGAAGAUGACAGUCUUUUGGAAAGGGCUUUACAUCCAUGUUUUUGAUUUUCAUGGAGUCUUCGCUAGGCAUUCCUAGAGAUGUGCAUUUUUUAAUAUCUGCUGAUGAAAAUGAAUGGAAUAAAUACAGAUGCCUCCACGCUUUGAAAUAUUUGUGUAAUUUGAUACAAAAUUUGAGGACAUUGAAUUAUUUACAUCUUUUACAUGAAAUAUAUACAGAUGAAUAAUAUGGCAGCAUUUAUCCUUUCUUUUUUAAUUUAACCACCAUGGGCUGUAAAGGAUCAAUUCAAUUAUUGCCAAUAGUAAUAAACUGAAAUAUUUUUAAUGGAAGUGAUAACAUAUUUACAUUUAACAUUCAGCUUUGUUUUGAUAUCAAGAAAUGUUUUUUACUUUAACUUUUAAAUCUCAUCAAAAAUCAAUUAUGCAAUUUCCUAGAUCAACUAGCGAAGAAUUAAGAUUUAAAUUUAUUAAUAUUUUCCUCCCCCUUAAAGAACAUGACUAAUCAAUUAUAAGUGACAAUCGUGAUGUAUCGAUAUGAAAAAUCAUCUUGGUGGCUGACUCAUUGCAGCAGCCUUUCGAAAGUUGUUGAAGUGAUCUAAGUACUGAGCCAUCGUCAUUGCUGGUGUGUAUGUUUCAUCCAUUUUUACUUUCAAGCUAGGUGGAGGUGAUUCUGCAAUAUUUCCUAUCAGGCUAUGUAAAAGUUCUUUCAACAAAUUCCAGCAUUCUGAGGCAACAACUGAUGGGCAGUAUUCAACCUAAAAAUGAGGUUUUUUUUUAAAAUGUAUAUACUUUAAGAAGUUUAGAGUUGUAAUUUAUGUAAUUUUCCUAACAAAGUAGAUUUACAAUCAUAAUAAAUCUAUUCAUUUCCAUAUAGUUAAAUAAACAUAAUAUAUAUUAA